AUGUCAGACUCAACGACCACUACCUCCACUUCAGCGCCUAAUGUACCCUUUUUCAAGAAACGUAAUCAGAAGAAGAACGUUCGCAAGCGCAAUCUUUCUGAUGAUGAGGCCGAAGCAACCAAUAGUAAACCAAUCGCUAAUGACAACCACAGCGCUCUUUCUUCUGUCUCCAAAAAGCGCAGCGCCAAAAGAGCACCACAGACAUCUCACUCUGAUAUUUUACAGGCUUCGUCUACCAGUGCAGCCAACCGCCUCGCAUCCAAAGAUGAUGACGACAAGACAGUCGGAAUCUCUUAUAAAGCUACGCUAGAAGGCAAUAUCAGAAUUGAUGACGCUACAAGGACACAAGAGAUCGAUACUGCACAUGAUCGGGAUGCUCAGGCUGUCAUUGACAGACACAUGCGAGCAGUAGAAAACGGACUGGAUGAUUUAGAUGAUGGACUCUACAAGGGCAUGGCAGCUUACAAAUCGCAUAUAAAAAAAGGAGAAACUACUAACUCAAAAAUUAGAAUCGGUCCUAUGCGGGCAUCAGCGAACAUCAGAGUCACUAACCGUUUCGAUUAUCAACCAGACAUUUGCAAAGACUACAAGGAAACCGGAUACUGUGGCUAUGGUGAUUCAUGUAUCUACAUGCAUGAUCGUGGUGAUUACAAAGCAGGAUGGCAGCUGGAUCAGGAAUGGGAAGCUGAGCAACGGGCCAAGAAGCUGGCACUGAUCGAGGGACUGGAUGAAGAGGCAGAGAGUUCAAGCGACGACGAUGACGUUCCAUUUGCAUGCCUGAUUUGUCGCGAAGAAUUCAAGCAUCCAAUCGUUACCAAAUGUAACCAUUAUUUUUGUGAAUCAUGUGCCCUGAAGCGAUAUCGCAAAAGCCCUAAAUGUGCAGCUUGUCAAGCUCCUACCGGAGGCAUCUUCAACCCCGUACCGAAGGAUUUCCUUAAAAAGGUUGCAGAGCGCAAAGCAAAGAUCGAGGAAUCAAAUCGCCGGCGAGACGAGGAUGCUGCUGAUGUCAGUGCCAUUGCAGAUGCUGCAGAAACAGCGAAUCCAGAAGAUUUGAGCGCGCCAGCAACAACAGGCGAUAGAGAGGAAGAUACUGGAAUGAUCGAAGAUUUGAGUGUCGUAGGGAUGGGUGGAGUACCCAAUCUCCCACCAGGUGCAAGUGAUGAUAGUGAUGAUGAUGACAGCGACUAG